UAUGCAACCCUUCCCACCUUUCUCUUUCCACUCACACACAGCACUUUACUGCUCCCUUCUCCAUCCCAACCAAGCAACAGUAGUUGGAAUGUGACAGAUAAAAUAGGUGGGGGGAGCACGUGCUACUGCAAGCAUUUCUUCAUUUCUAUGGCUGUGGGAGUGGGAGCAUUGUAUUUGUAUGAUAAACUAACCACAUUGAUGAUGACCUCUGAUCAUGCUUCCGUCGUCUCAAUGAACCUUUUUGUUGCUCUUCUCUGUGCUUGCAUCAUCAUCGGUCAUUUGUUGGAGGAGAACCGAUGGAUCAAUGAAUCCAUCACUGCCCUUCUCAUCGGUCUCUGUACUGGGGUCUUUAUAUUGUUUACCACGGGAGGAAAAAGCUCUCAUAUAUUAGUUUUCAGUGAAGAUCUUUUCUUCAUUUACCUUCUUCCACCCAUCAUCUUCAAUGCCGGGUUUCAGGUGAAGAAGAAACAAUUUUUCCGCAAUUUUAUGACUAUAAUGCUCUUUGGUGCAGUUGGUACUUUGAUAUCAUUCUGCAUCAUAUCACUAGGUGCCAUACACUUUUUUCAGAAAUUGGACAUUGAUUCCCUCAAGAUUGGAGAUUUUCUAGCAAUUGGAGCAAUAUUUUCAGCAACAGAUUCUGUUUGCACGUUGCAGGUUCUUAAUCAGGAUGAGACUCCCUUACUAUAUAGUCUAGUCUUUGGGGAAGGGGUAGUAAAUGAUGCUACCUCCAUAGUUCUCUUCAAAGCAAUUCAGAAUUUUGACCUCUCUCACAUUGACUUAACCACUGCCUUACAAUUAUUAGGAAAUUUUUUGUAUUUAUUCAUUGCAAGCACUGUGCUGGGAAUCUUUGUUGGAUUGCUCAGUGCAUUCAUUAUUAAGAAGCUCUAUUUUGGCAAGUUGAUAAGGCAUUCUACAGACCGUGAGGUUGCUCUCAUGGUACUCAUGGCAUACCUUUCGUAUAUGCUGUCUGAGCUAUUUUCUUUAAGUGCCAUUCUGACUGUUUUCUUCUGCGGCAUUGUUAUGUCUCACUACACGUGGCAUAAUGUGACAGAGAGUUCAAGAGUGACAACCAAGCAUGUUUUUGCCACUUUGUCAUUCAUUGCUGAAAUCUUUAUCUUCCUCUAUGUGGGGAUGGAUGCAUUAGAUAUAGAAAAGUGGCGAAUUGUAAGUCAAAGCCCAAGAAAAUCAAUUGGGGUCAGUUCGUUGCUGUUGGCACUUAUCUUGGUGGGAAGAGCUGCAUUUGUUUUCCCUUUGUCCUUCUUAUCCAACUUGCUUAAGAACUCUCAAUCUGAGAAAAUUGAGUUAAAACAACAAGUAACUAUUUGGUGGGCUGGUCUCAUGCGUGGAGCUGUUUCUAUCGCACUUGCUUACAAUCAGUUUACCAGGCUGGGCCAUACUAAACUGCGGGAGAAUGCCAUCAUGAUCACUAGUACCAUCACUGUUGUACUCUUCAGCACAUUGGCGUUUGGGUUGAUGACAAAGCCACUUGUGAGGCUAUUGCUUCCAUCCUCUAAACACGUAAUGAGCUUGCCGUCCCCACCAUCGACACCGAAAUCAUUCACUGUGCCACUUCUUGGCAGUCAAAAUGGGCCUCCACCAAGCACCUUGAGGAUGCUCCUAAGCUGCAUCCCUACUCGUGGGGUACACCACUAUUGGCGCAAGUUUGAUGAUUCUGUCAUGCGACCCGUCUUUGGUGGACGAGGUUUUGUACCCUACGUUCCAGGGUCACCCCUUGAACAAAGUGUUCAUCAGUGGCGUUGCACUUAAUUAGAAGAUAUAUAUAUAUAUAUAUAUAUAUAUAUAUAUAUAUAUAUAUAUAGAGAGAGAGAGAGAGAGAGAGAGAGAGAGAGAGAGAGACUUAUUAUGUGAUGGAUGGUGUUGGUGUGGUGUAAAAUUGGCUUGGCUUUGGUUGUGUGCACUUUUGUCAAUAGUUACAACAUUUCAACUUCACAUGAUACUAUAAGACAGGAUGUUAGGGGAAGAAUUUAUGUACACAUGUUGAUGUCAACGCGGGCUUUUUUUGUCCCCCUGAUUUUGCUGACAUAGAGAGAGGGGGUUGCUUGCAUUUUAGUGUUAAGUUGUAACUUGAUGCUGCUCAGGUGAUUCGAAUUAAUUUUGUGUGUAUACAUGUUAUGGAUGGAAAGGUCUUGACAGUUAAUAUAGUUUUUGUGUUGCUUGAUUGUAUUUAUUGUUACAGUUUUUUGAAGGAUAAUUUUGUGGGCUUUGAACUUGUUA